AUGUUAAGACCAUCCGCAGCACCCGCUUCGAUCUUGCGGGCUGCCCGUUGCCCCGCGUGCAGGGCAUCUGCGGCCCGUCCAUUCAUGUCCACUUUUGCGGCGCGAGACCAAAUAUCGACAAGGACAACAGCGAGGUCACCACAACCCUCUUUAUUGCCUCGGACAAGCACAGCAGCAUUCUCUGCUUUCCGGCCGUCCCCCAAUCUACUGAGGGGGCCCUCCAUCGAAGAGCUCGCCCCAGCAGAGCCCAGUGCUGAUGUCGAAAACACACCAACAUCUGGUUCCUCCUCCUCAGCAGAUUCCCCCCCAGACAAAGACAAAGAUGACAAACCCUGGUACCUCCAAGUCGAACCCCCGCGGCACCCAACCCUCCUACACACCCCCUCCACGCUCCCCUCUCUCCCCUCCUCCCCCCCCAAGAUCCUCCCCCUCCUCCUCCCCUACCUCGCCGACGACCUCGGCCUCGACGCCCUCUCCAUCCUCGACCUCCGCACCCUCGACCCCCCGCCCGCCCUCGGCCCCCGCCUCAUCAUGCUCUUCGCCACAGCCCGCAGCGAGCGGCACCUGCACGUGUCUGCCGACCGACUCGUCCGCUGGCUGCGCGGGCGGGGGAUCGCGGGGGAUGCGGAUGGGUUGCUGGGGAGGAAUGAACUGAAGACGAAGUUGAGACGGUUGGCAAGGAAGGCGAAGUUGUUGGGGACUUCCGGGGUGGUGAGAGGGGGGGAUGAUGGGAUUAGUACGGGGUGGGUGUGUGUGAAUUUGGGGAUGGUCGGGGGGUCGGUGCAGGAGGUGGUUUUGAGGGAUGAGCAGGGGAGGACGACGGGGUUUGGGGUGCCGCAGACGGGGGAGACGGUGGUGGUGCAGAUGAUGACGGAGGGGAGGAGGGAGGAGUUGGAUUUGGAGAGGUAUUGGGGGAGGAAGUUGGAGGGAGCGCGGAAGAGGAGGGAGAGGGAUGGGUUUGUGUUGGAUGCGCCGGGGGAGGGCAGGGCGACCCAGGCGUGGUAG